AAAGUUGUUCUCGCGAAGGCACAAAAAUGGGGUUCAAUUUAUGAACUUCUAGCUCUAGCAUCAAUUAUAGUGCUCUGUUGGCCAUGUUCAUAUUCCAAUUUCACAAACCAAGAAUGGAGAAAAAUUACAAAAACCAAUCCUUACACUUUACAUGAAUCGCCUUUACCACCGGAAAUUUUAUUAUCUCUUCGAGAGACAGCUAGUAGACGUUUGAUUGAUGGAGAUGUUUUCAUGGAUAAUGGUGAAUCCGAAUUAAGUAGAAUUGUUGCACUAAUGUUCAACAACCUGUAUUAUAAUAUUUCGGAGGUUGCUUCAUCAAAGUUGUCAGAAGAGGAAUAUUGCGAUAUGUUCAUAUAUCCAAUUGCUCGUUCAUUUCGCAGAAAUGAUAAAGAAUAUGAACUCAAAUUAAAUCGGACUAAUGUAGGAUCAAAGACAAGGCCUGAUCUUUCCUGCACAGUAAAUGACAUACCUAUUCUAAACUCCGAAUUUAAACCAUUGGGUUGUACUCCAUUGCAAGAGAAGAUGGACCGAUUGAAAGUUCAACUAAAGGCUCAAAAAUCGAUUAAUCAACAAUUACAAAGAAAAGAAGGUCCAGGCGAGGCAGUCAUGUUUUUAAACAUUG